GCGGCAUCUUCGCACCGGACGUCUCGACGCGCGCUUCCCUCUGCAGUUGAAUCUACCCUCUUUGGGUUUUAUUUUCCUCCAGCGUCCAGGUCUGUCCUCACUUGAAGCCAUGAGUUCUGCUGGUUUACAAAUCAUGGGCAUGGCCCUGUCAGUGCUGGGCUGGAUUGGGGCGAUCGUUACCUGUGCUUUGCCUAUGUGGAAGGUCACCGCUUUUAUUGGCACCAAUAUUGUGACGGCGCAGAUCACCUGGGAGGGGCUUUGGAUGAACUGCGUGGUGCAGAGCACUGGCCAGAUGCAGUGCAAAGUCUACGAUUCCAUGCUGGCCCUGCCUCAAGAUAUCCAAACAGCUCGAGCUUUGAUGGUCAUCUCUGUGCUCCUAGCUGUCCUGGCCUUGAUGAUUGGCAUUGUAGGAGCCAAGUGCACCAACUGUGUGGAGGAUGAGGAUACCAAGGCACGCAUCAUAAUUGUCUCUGGAGCCGUCUUCUUGGCGGCAGGAAUCCUCUGCCUCAUCCCUGUGUGCUGGUCAGCCAACACCAUCAUCCGUGAGUUCUACAGCCCCUUGGUGGGUGAACACCAAAAGAGAGAGUUGGGAGCUUCCCUCUACAUCGGCUGGGCAUCCUCUGGCUUGCUCCUCCUUGGAGGGGCACUGCUGUGCUGCAAUUGCCCCAAGAAAGACAGCAACAACUACAGCGCACGCUACACCGCUGCUGCUUCUCAACCCCGAAGUGAUUACCCCAGCAAGAACUACGUCUAGGAAGAACAUCCUGGAAGCCAAACCAAUAGCGUCCGGAAAGCUCAAUGAUGUUGGGUCUCCUUGGAAGGAGGAAAAGGACUGUAUCCCUUCUGGGAUGCCACACAAAUGAGUGUCCCUACUGAAAACCAAAAUAUCCUGCUCCAAGACUUCCCAACAUUUUUGUCCCAUCAGUAUUCUUUCCUCACUCCCCAUUGUUGUCAUAUUCAUUGUACAGAUGUGACCUAAAGUGGUCAGAAAUAUCUUCCUGGAUAAUAUUUGUGACUUGUGAUCAGUGUGUUCCCUUUGUAGUAGGCAGAUGAGGUUCUCAGUCUUGAUAAUCCUCUUUCCACACAGUUUAUGAUACAUGUGCUUAAUCUCCCCUUAAUGUUCACCGAGGGGCUCCAAAUGCCAGAAAUCCACUGAGGUCAAUUCCUGUUCAAUACAAUCUGUAUCUAGAAUGGAGGGUGGAAGCCAGUAACCCAACCCAGGGUAAUGAAAGCUGUGAUGUGUUGUAACAUAUUAUUUUUAAAUGAACGGGAUGUAGUCUUUUAGGGGUUUUUUUCUAUUGUUUUGCUAACUUGUAUUGUGAUUGUUGCUAACGUUUAUGCAUUUCAUACAUUAUGCUUGUUUUACUUUUUUUAAUGACCUGAAUAAAAAAAAUUCUAGGCUUUUGUAUAUAGUAA